AUUUACCGGUGAGAAGCAAGACGAGAGGAUAAGGCCUCUCUCUCUCCUCUUUCUCUCUCAUGACCUCAUCAUCGCUUUCCCUCUUCUGCAUCCAGUUUUUCCUCCAUCUUUGUCCCUAACAGAGCCUGUAUAAAUUGAUCCACCUUUGAUCCUCAACACUCAUCCGAUGUCUGUUGCAUUCGAAACCACUAGUAACCCUAGCGACACUAAUCGGAUCCAAUUGCCAGACUUUGAGUUUUCUCACGGUAUGUGGAUCUACAACCUGCCGGAAUCUUCUAGAUUAGCCGCCGGUAAUCCCUGGAGCAGCAGCCUCCCAGCCGUUAAAGAAGAAGAAGAUUCCGCCGCUUCUUCCUCCAUCGGUAACAACAGUGACGACGAUUCCGGUGACGGUGAAGUUCAGAGCAACGGCAACGGUGACGGCUUGCUCAACGGUUUCAAUGAUUUGGAGAAAGUUCUGCCGAUUAAGAGGGGAAUAUCCACAUUCUAUGCUGGAAAGUCAAAGUCAUAUGGAAGCCUAGCAGAUGCGGUGUCGGUUCCGACGAUUCAAGACAUUGUUAAGCCGGAAGACGCGUACAGCCGCAAGCGAAAGAACAUGCUGGCUCAUCAGGCUUUGUUUGACAAGGGUGGUGAAUCGGAUGGGGUAGCAAAGAAGCUUGCCAGAAACGGGCAUGAGAGCGCUGACCAAAGUGCUCUCGGGUCUAUGGCGGGUCGAGCGCUCCCGCCGUUGCCGUGUAACAAUAGGAAGUCGUCGACGAAUGAAUUGUCGUCGUCACCUAGAAUGUACAUGAGCUCGCCGUGGAGAUCCCUGUCGCUCUCGGAUUUGCAGGACGCGGGUAACAAAGGGAAUGAGGUGGAUGAGCAUUAGGUCUGGUUAUGUUAAGAUAGCAUCUGAAACUGAAGAUAGUUGUUUAUGGUGUUAGGGGUCUGUUUAUGUUUUAUUCAGAAAUCAUAGGAUGUCAACUGGUUAUGCUUUGUAUCCGGUUGUUUAUAAAAAGUAUGAUAUAAAAAGUGCUCAAUUUUUUUUUUUUUUUCA